GCAUUUCACAAUAGUCUAUGACUGACAUUUCAACCACAGAAAUUAUAUAUAAUAUGGGUUAACAUUAGCAGAACCAGUUCGCCUAAAAUGAAAAUACACUAAACAUGUUUUGUUUUGCUCACGUCCAAUGGAAAAAGUAUAAUUUAGGCUCCAAUAAUCACUUACAAUUGAAUAAGUUGUCGUCAUAGGAGGGCUGAAACUGGAGUGCUUGUCUAGAUGAUACCUCUCAAUGUUGAAUAUAGUGUGCCUUUUAUUCUAACUUUGCAUGAUAAUAAACGUUGGGAUAUGUAAAGUAGAUGUCCUACUGUAACAACCACCUCCAAUUGGCAACAGCAAAGCAUGACAUAACGUUAAGGCAGGGCUAAAUGGAAUUCCUGUACGCUCAUUGGUGAAAAUAGUUGCCUGUCAAUGUAGCCCUAUCCCCUUCUCCUUGACCAGGCUCGGUUGAGAAGUGCAGUAAGGAGUGCGAGAGAGGGUCGCGGCAGUGGCAGACUGAUGGUCUGACAGAUGAAAUAGCGAAAAUAAAGAAAGAUAAGGCGGGCGUUCACCCUCACAAAAUCAUGUUCCCUAAAGGCAAAGGGUCCACUGUGCCGUCGGAUGGACAAGCACGGGAAAAGUUAGCUUUAUACGUCUAUGAAUACUUGUUACACAUAGGAGCACAGAAGUCCGCACAGACCUUUUUAUCAGAGAUCCGAUGGGAAAAGAACAUCACACUCGGGGAACCCCCUGGGUUCCUACACUCUUGGUGGUGUGUAUUUUGGGACCUGUAUUGUGCUGCACCAGAGAGAAGAGAGACGUGUGACCACUCCAGUGAAGCGAAGGCCUUCCAUGAUUACAGUGCUGCUGCUGCCCCCAGUCCUGUGAUGGGGGGGAUUCCCCCUGGAGAGGGGAUGCCCGKUGGACCCAUGCCCCCUGGAUUCUUCCAGGGUGCUCCUGGUCCCCAGGGCUCUCCUCACCCCCAGCCUCCUCUCCCUAACAGUAUGAUGGGACCACAAAGCCAGUCUUUCAUGAACCCACGAUUCACCGCAGGCCCACGAGGCCCUCCUAUCAGGAUGGGCAACCAGCCUCCUGGCCCUGGCCCCCAUCUCAUGCUCCAAACCAUGGAUCACACACGACCACAAGGCCAUCCUAACUUGGGACCAAUGCAGAGGAUGAGUGGGCCUCGAGGCAUGGGCCCUAUGGGGCCCGGACCCCAGAACUUUGGCGGUGGGAUGCGGCCUCCACACAACGCCAUGGGCCCUGGGAUGCCAGGAGUGAACAUGAUGGGCCCAGGUGCUGGACGACCAUGGCCCAAUCCGAACAACGGCAACUCAAUGCCUUACUCAUCACCUUCUCCUGGAGCGUAUGGGGGGGGUUCUGGUGGAGGGGGACCCACUGGAACACCCGUUAUGCCCAGCCCUGCAGACUCUAACAACUCUGGGGACAACCUCUACACUAUGAUCAACACUGGACCUGGCAACCGAUCAAAUUUCCCUAUGGGCCCUGGCUCUGACGGACCGCUGGGGGCCAUGGCAGGCAUGGAACCACACCACAUGAAUGGAUCGCUAGGCUCUGGUGAUAUGGACGGACUCAACAAGAACUCUCCAAACCAUCUAAGUGGCAUUAGUAACCCUCCUGGAACCCCGAGGGACGGUGACGAGUUGGGCGGGAACUUCCUGCACUCCUUUCAGAGUGAGAAUUACUCCCCUACCAUGACGAUGAGUGUGUGAACUCCCCCUCAAUCUGCCAUCACUCAGAGGAUCCGAGCUCAUAACAGGACAUGGCCAAAACGCAUCAGCACAGAACCAUGGACAGGCGCCAUUUUGGUUCCACGCAAUUCCAGAAUGCUGAUAUGCGAAUUUUCAAAAUGGCGACUUCUUGCGCCUCUUCGUUCCAAAUGAAGGACAGUUCUUCAUUCAUCACCACCCCAAGUGUGACGAAACCAGCUACUGAAACUACUGCAUACAUGACCAUUUUUUUAAAUGAUUUGCAGAAAUGAUUACCCCCCCCCUCCCUGCCCAGCAAAGAAAAUGGUCAAAGUUGACCUCUUAUGAUUUUAUUAUUGCUUUGUGGUGCAAGAUGUUCUGUCCAGGUUUCAACUUAAAGCCACCUAAAACACUGAUGUGCAUUAAGCAUUGUGAACUAGGAAAAACUCUCAAUUACAUUUUUUGUUUUCAUAUUUCAGGUCCUGCAUUCAGCCACACAGUGUGUCACAAAACGAGUCUGAAAACAGGCGUCUGAAUCUGCCUUUAACUCUGUGACAACUCCUUUAAAUGACUUUGUYCCAAUGUACUAUUUAUCCAUAUUUUAAGGGGAAGUGAUGUGAUCGAACUGGGCCUUUUUAACAGUUUAAGUGCUCAGUGGGUUUUUAAAAAGUGAAAUUGGAUCCCAUUCAAUGUGUCGACAAAAUCUCAUCGAUAGGGAAUGUUUUGUGGGUUAUGUUUUUGUCGAUGAGGAGAGCAAUCUUAUUCUGCACUGGUUUUAUUCAGCUUUUUAUUUAAACAGUCUCAGUGCUGUUCUUGUUCUCUGUCAAGGGGAAAAGCAAACUUGGGCUAAACCGUGGGUUUGGAAACAACAGAGGUGCAUGAACGCUGAGAUCUGUGUACAACAUACUACCUAGCGCUGCUCCUGUCCACAUGUGAUGUGUGUUUAACCUCUUCCCUGCCUGUGCUUAACACUCUGUCCUUUUUCUCAACAUCGUUGUAGCCGUGGUUUCCUACUGUUCCAUCUCGAUGAUGUGACGAUGAAAGAGUUAAACCCAUUGUAACCUGAGAUGCAUAUUGGUAGUUGAUCGUUUUUUUUCCUCCGGGUAUUUUUUGUUUGUUUUUUUGUCAUCUUAUUGCUGUUUUUUUUUUUUUUUUUAUAUACCAAUUUGACUAUGUAUAUUGACCCAGUUAUUUUGAAAUUAGUCCAACGCUUUCUGAACCAUAAACUUAGCGGCAGUCUUGUAAAUGUGAUAAAAGGUUUAUUUCAUUUUCUGUGAAUAUUAAUUAAGCGUUAUACACCUCUGUCCCAGGUUGCCUUUAUUUACUGGUAUUUUCUUUAUUUCAAAUUGAGGAAAGAAUGCUUGUUAAUAUAAUUUUACAAUGACUUAA